GUGUCUGCACAAACAAUCAGUGGCAUUGCUGAAAACGGAACAGAAACAUACUACGUUCUGCUCCUCUCUCUCUCUUUACCCGAGCUUUCCUCCAUUGCUUCGUUUCGAGUCUAGGGUUUUUUUCUUCAUUCUUGUUUCUACGGAUUCGCUGAAUUGAAGCUGCAGCGUCGUCAAUGUACCCCUCUCUUUUAUCCUUUGCUUCCACUUGCUGGUUUCAAAUGCCAUUUAGCUGGUAGACUGAGUUGAUGUACCAUUCAGACUUCAAUUUGAUUUGACCAAAGAAUGGUUUGGAUUCUGGACGUUGGAUUCUGGGUUCUUUUUCCUUGAGUUGUGAUUUUAUGGUGUCUGAUACCCUCUAUGUGAAGUGUAGUAGUGAGUAGAGACUUGAGGCAUCGAGUUUUGAGUUGCAUCCACGAUGAAAGAGUUAAGUUAGCUAAGCAAUUGGUCUUGUAAUGGGUUCAUACUCUGGCACUUGUGAAAUAGUUGAAGCAAGGGAGGAGCUAAAUACACGGAAAGCUCCUGGGAUUUAUCAGUCCAAUUCUGAAUGUAGCACAUCUGAGAAAAAUCAGAAACUUUCAAUGCUGAAACUGGGAUACAAGAAUGAUCUAGAUGAUGAUAUUAAUAAACUGUUUGAAUCAAUUUCUCUUAAAUCUUCAUCAAGGGAUUUGGGCCUUUUACAAGAUGGUACAAGCCCUAAACUGAAAAAUGCAUUAAAAAAGCCUAUGACAAUGGGCGUUUCUCGGUCCCCAAGAGUUGGAGCUGCUGAGCCUGUUAAUUUGAAACAAGCAUUAAGAGACCUGUGUAUAUCUAAGGCAUCAGAAAUGGCUGCUACGAAACGAUUAUCAAAAUCAACAGCUUCUCCGAGAAUAUCAGAGGUUGGAAAGAUACAGACAUUGUACAAUUCAGUUGUAGCAGAAACCAGUCGAUCUGGGUCUUCCUCUGUUGAGAGCAAAUGGUGUCAAAUUGAAAUAUCUCAGGUGCCAGAAGAAAGCAAAUCAUUUUCCUUGAAGAAAAUCUCCCCGUCUCAUCAAACUGCACAAGUCACAUCGUUGAGCCAAAACAUUCAUUCGUCUUGUGAUAUUGCGGUUGCAACUACUCAAAAUGAUUCUGGGAUUUCAUUGAUCCGAAGUGGUUUGGCAUGCUCAUCAAGUAAAAUCGGGGUUCAAUCACCACGAGUGGUACCUGUUCAAACAGUAGAACACGCUUCUGCUUCUUCUCCAUCUCUUUAUAAUACUCUCGGAAGCAAAUUAGAGCUGCCCAAAAAUGUAUCUUCCCCUAAAAAGUUAGGAAAUAAAGCGCUUGUGUCAAAUACAGGGCGGAAAGGUAGGUUGCAAACAGCAUCUUCUUCUCCAUCUACUUCUGUAAAUGGCAACAGAGUUAACAAGCUGCCACGCCAUGCUCCCCGUACAGUUAAAUCAGUCAUCAAGAACAUGAGUAAGAAGAAACUAAAGGAGGAUUCAGAUUCAGAUUUAAGUGGUCCUACAUUUAUUGAAGUUAAUAAGCCAGUUGCUGGUACACCUCGGCUGGUUUGUGAGAGAUGUAGGUGUGCUUUAGAAAAUACAAGUGAUGAAAAAAACCAAGAUAUUAUGGCAUCGGACUCUACUAGUCCUGGAAAUGGAGUAAACUUGAGUAAUGUGCAAUCUGGUUCAAAUGGUUUGGUUUCAACAAGUGGUAAUAAAAGCAAAACAGCUGCAAAAGUGAAGAAGAGCACCAAGUUGAAAGAGCAACUUGAGUUUUCACAAAGUUCAAAAAGUAGUCAGGGUGAGUACAGUAGUAGUACCAGUACCAGUGAUGAGAGCAAUUUAAGUGGCUCAAGUCGUGGCACCAGGCCUCACAUGUCAAAGGAUGUUAGAUGGGCAGCCAUACGACAUGCUCAAGUGCAGCAUGGAGUCUUGGGCUUGAGACACUUCAAUCUUUUAAAGAAACUUGGUUGUGGAGACAUCGGAACUGUAUAUCUUGCCGAACUAAUUGGCACAAGUUGUUUGUUUGCUAUUAAGGUCAUGGACAAUGAAUUUUUGGAAAGAAGGAAGAAGACUCCUAGAGCUCAAACUGAAAGAGAAAUAUUAAGGAUGCUGGAUCAUCCAUUUCUUCCCACACUGUAUAUGCAAUUUACAUCAGACAAUCUAUCAUGUCUGGUCAUGGAAUAUUGUCCAGGUGGAGAUCUUCAUGUUCUGCGUCAGAAGCAGCUUGGUAGAAGUUUCUCAGAGCCAGCAGCAAGAUUUUAUGUUGCUGAAGUGCUCCUUGCUUUGGAGUACCUGCACAUGCUCGGAGUUAUUUACCGAGAUUUGAAACCUGAAAACAUUCUUGUUCGAGAAGAUGGCCACAUUAUGCUCACUGAUUUUGAUCUGUCACUGAGGUGUGCUGUCAGCCCAACGCUUCUGAAAUCAUCUUCUGAUGUUGAUCCUGCAAAAAUUUCUGGUCUAAGUGCACAAUCAAGUUGCAUUGAGCCGUUCUGCAUUGAACCAUCCUGUCAAGUUCCAUGCUUCAGCCCUAGAUUCUUACCUGCUGCUGCAAAAGCAAGGAAGUUUAAAGUUGAUCAUGCUGCCCAGGUAAGAUCAUUGCCACAGCUCGUGGCCGAGCCCACUGAUGCAAGAUCAAACUCAUUUGUUGGUACACAUGAAUACCUGGCUCCUGAGAUCAUCAAAGAAGAGGGACAUGGAGCUGCCGUUGACUGGUGGACAUUUGGUGUUUUUCUCUAUGAGCUUUUAUACGGUAGAACACCCUUCAAAGGUUCUAACAAUGAAGAAACAUUGGCAAACGUGGUGUUGCAGAGUCUUAGAUUCCCUGACGACCCUUUUGUUAGUUUUCAAGCAAAAGAUCUAAUUAGAGGGUUGUUGGUUAAAGAGCCUGAAAAUCGUUUGGGUUCAGAGAAAGGAGCUGCUGAGAUUAAACAGCAUCCCUUCUUCGAGGGCCUUAACUGGGCCUUAAUUCGCUGCUCUGUCCCACCAGAAAUUCCCGAGUAUUGUGAUUUUGGAGUUUCAGACAUGAUGAACUUGCAGGUCAAAGGUGCUAAGUACUUGGAGUAUAAAGCAGGAGAGCAUGUAGAAUUCGAGUUGUUUUAAAGACACUACUCUGUCAAGAGUGGCAUUCCUGUAUUAGAUUCCCAUGUUUAUGGCUCCAUGCUCUUUGCGGCGAGCUGUUAUUUAUAUGUAAGCCUAAUAGUCUAUCAUGAAAAUUAGUUUUGUUUAUAUAUCAGUGUCUUGCAUUUGGAAGUUAUUAAUUAGGAGGUUCAGGUUAUAUGGCAACUCGACGGUCAAUGAUCUCAAUCUGAAUUUUCCGUGCUCAUGUCCAGAGGGCAAGACCAGUCCUGCCAUAUUAACAUCAGCCUUGAAUGGAUUGAGAUGGAAUUAGAUCUCACCAUUGCAUUACAUGAGUCCUGAGAUGCAAAUGCUUACCAAAAUAUAAGUUUAUUAUUGUACAGAGCAAGUAGAAUGAUAUUAUCAACACGUCGAUCAAAUUUUGAUGUGUGGUUUUUAUAUAGAAAAUUUUUUAAGAGUAACGCUCGAAACACACUUUCCAUAUUACUUCUUUAUAUAAUUCAAUUCUUAAUAUUAGUUAAAAUUUAUUGAAAAUU